CCUCUUCCUCGGUGAGGGCUGCACAGCUGGCAAUUUACAGAGAGUAACUAACGCUGGAAGGAGUAAUUGGCUGCUUGGUGGACCACUGCCCCGCAAAUUGGACCCUUGUUUGGUGGAGGAGAUGAAUUAGCUCAAGUUCUGGGAUAUUUAUUCACCUUUCGUCCUUUAGGAACUUCUAGAUCAGAAAGAUUCAAGACCAAGCUCCCCCUCCUUUUCCACUGGAACCGUUAUAACCUCCUCAUACUGGAAACGUAAGUUGUAACAAUGGAGAAGUCAAGACGCAGGGAAAAGUUAGCAGUCUCUCUUUUGUUUGGGUUGUUGUUACCUUGCUGUUUGGCCCAGACCACACCAUCAAACACAGCCACUCGGACCCCCACGCGGACCCCCACACCGUCUCCAUCCCCGCAGACCGAACGGCUAAGGGUUAGAUUGUCUGGAUACCCCAGGAAACACAACGAGGGUCGGGUGGAGCUUUUUUACAAGGGAGAGUGGGGAACCAUCUGUGAUGACGACUUUGCGAUAGCCAACGCCAAUGUGCUCUGUCGCCAACUGGGCUUCGUGGAAGCCACAGGAUGGACCCACAGCGCCAAAUAUGGCAAAGGCCAAGGGAAAAUCUGGCUGGACAACGUGCAGUGUAACGGGGGAGAGAGGAGCAUCGACUCCUGCAAGUCUCGCGGCUGGGGAAACAGUGACUGCACUCACGAUGAGGACGCCGGAGUGGUGUGCAAAGACGAGAGGAUCCCCGGAUUUGUGGAAUCAAAUGUUAUUGAUGCUCAGGUGGAUGAGAAACAGAUAGAGGAGGUGCGGCUGCGGCCUGUAGUCACCACUGCCAGAAAGAAGCUGCCCAUCACGGAGGGUGUGGUGGAAGUGAAAUAUAAAGACGGCUGGGCGCAGAUCUGCGACCUGAGAUGGACGAUCAAAAACACUCAUGUGAUCUGCGGCAUGCUGGGAUUCCCGCAUGAGAGGAAAGUCAACAAGAACUUCUACAAACGUCUGAAAAAGCGAGCAGCUGAGAAGGUCUCCAGGCCAAAGGUUAAUGUUUCAGCCGGUGGAAGGCAGACACCCAAAGCUAAAGCUAACUCUAAGACUAAACAGAGCAGUCCUGGCAAAAGGUUGUAUUUGGAGCGUCAGAAGAAUCACUUCCACGUCCACUCGGUAGCGUGUGCAGGCACAGAGAUCCACCUGGCAGCCUGUCCUCUGGAGUUCAGCAAGCCCAACGCAACGUCCAGCUGCGAGGGUGGCAUGCCGGCCGUUGUCAGCUGCAUGCCGGGGCCGCUGUUCAUUCAAAACAACGGCUUGAAAAAGAAACCUAAAAUAUCGAACAACGUGAGGCUGAAGGGAGGUGCCAAGCUGGGUGAGGGUCGGGUGGAGGUGCUGAAGGGCAACGAGUGGGGCACGGUGUGUGACGAUCGCUGGAGCCUGCAGUCGGCCAGCGUCGUCUGCAGGGAGCUCGGCUUCGGCAGCGCCAAGGAGGCUCUCACCGGAGCCCGCAUGGGACAAGGAAUUGGUCCGAUCUACAUGAACGAGGUGAAGUGUGUCGGCCAGGAGAGAUCCAUCUGGAACUGCCCCUUUAAAAACAUCACAUCGGAGGACUGUCAGCACGUGGAGGACGCGGCUGUCCGCUGCAACGUGCCCUACAUGGGCGUGGAGCACUCGAUCCGGCUCGCAGGAGGACGGACCCGUUACGAAGGCCGUCUGGAGGUGCUGAGCUUGGACUCUAACGGGACGCUGAGCUGGGGUCUGAUCUGUGGAGAGACCUGGAACACCAGGGAGGCCAUGGUGGCCUGCAGGCAGCUGGGCCUGGGCUACGCUAACCAGGGCGUGCAAAUCCGGAUAGUGGGCGGCCGGACCACGUAUGAGGGCCGGGUGGAGGUUCAGGUGGGCUCCAAGUGGGGCACAGUGUGCAGCGCAGGCUGGACCACAAAGGAAGCCAUGGUGGUGUGCAGGCAGCUAGGGCUCGGAUACUCCAUGCAUGCCAUCACUGAGACCUGGUACUGGGACAGCAGCAAUGUGACGGAGAUGAUAAUGAGCGGCGUGAAGUGCACAGGAAACGAGAUGUCUCUGAGUCAGUGUCAGCACCACAAAACAGUCAGUUGCCAGAAAGCAGCGGCAAAGUUUGCAGCAGGAGUCAUCUGCUCUGACACGGCCUCUGAUCUGGUUCUGAACGCGUCGCUGGUCCAGCAGACGGUCUACAUCGAGGACCGUCCUCUGCACAUGCUCUACUGCGCUGCGGAGGAGGACUGCCUCUCAAAGACGGCAGCGCAGGCCAACUGGCCGUACGGUCACCGCCGCCUGCUGCGCUUCUCCUCCCAGAUACACAACAUCGGCCGAGCUGACUUCAAGCCCAAAGCUGGGCGACACUCCUGGGUCUGGCACGCCUGUCAUGGCCACUACCACAGCAUGGACAUUUUCACCCACUAUGAUCUGCUGAGCGGAAACGGUACCAAAGUGGCCGAGGGACACAAAGCCAGCUUCUGUCUGGAGGACACAGACUGUCAGGAGGGUGUUUCUAAGCGCUACGAGUGCGCCAACUUUGGGAAUCAGGGCAUCACUGUGGGCUGCUGGGAUUUGUACCGUCACGACAUCGACUGCCAGUGGAUCGACAUCACAGACGUCAAACCUGGAAACUACAUCCUGCAGAUUGUGAUUAACCCAAAUUACGAAGUGGCUGAGAGCGACUUCACCAACAACUGCAUGAAAUGUAACUGCAAAUAUGACGGACAUCGAAUCUGGCUACAUAACUGCCACAUUGGUGAUGCAUUCAGCGAGGAGGCAGAGAGGAGGUUUGAGAAAUACCCCGGGCAGCUCAAUAACCAGAUUCCUUCAAUAAAUCAACAAUAACUUCCCGACAUAUGCGCCCCAGAGUCGGGGAAUAAAAACACACUUUACAGGUUUAAAAACAAAAGACAAACAUUUGUAUUUUCAGGUUAAAAACUGGAUUUCCUCACAUAUCAUUCGGAGUUAUGGAAGAAGCCAACAGUAUUUUCCUGGGGUGAAUGUCUUUUUAUAUUAUACUUGAAUAUUCAAGUUUUUUUUGUUUUUUUCUCAGUCUAAUGUGAGCUAUAUUUUUUAUUACAAAAAAUUAAGAAUGUUAUGAAUGUUCAGAGUUAUGGGUGAAGCAUCUUUAUGAAGAUAUAUUUGUCUAAAUGUUAUACAAGUUA